AUGGGACAGAACGAAAUUCUAAAGCAGAUCGCCACGACCUUGUCGGGCGUCACACCGGCUCGAUGGUGCCAGGGCUUCUUCCUCUUCGCAGCUGGAGGCGUGCUGGCCGUGGCAGCCAUGCCGCGUGAUGCGAAGGCCCUUCUUAUGGAUUACGGCGCCCGCAAUGCUCAGAAGUCGCCGUCGCGUGAGCCUUCCCAAGGAGGUUCUGAAGGGGCCAGGCUGGUUUCCCUCCUUGCGACAAUUACGUCCUGGACACAGGUGCCCCAUUCCUGGUUCAGCGCCUUCUAUGUCGUGUCCCUGGCGUGCUCAAUCUUCUGGCUUACCCAGUACUUUGGCAAUGGAGUGGUGUUACGGUACAUCGCAACCAGCCAGGCAGCCGCCCAAAACACAUCCGGCACCUCGAGCCAGGUGGCACUGGGCUGGCUGAUGAUGUUCCUUCAAGCGACCCGGCGCGUAUUCGAGCAUGUUACUGUCAUCAAGCCAUCCAGGUCCACCAUGUGGGUUGUCCAUUGGCUACUGGGCGUCUUCUUCUACCUCGUCAUGGGCGUAUCUGUUUGGGUGGAAGGAUCAGGUGCCAUUUUGGACCCCGCCCGUCACACAGAGGAUGCAAAGUCCCUCCUGAAGAUGGCCGUUGCAGUUCCGGUAUUCCUCCUCGCCUGGAUUAAUCAGUACAAGUGUCACAAGCAUCUCGCAGGGCUGAAAAAGUAUUCAUUGCCGGAGGACGGGAUGUUUUGCCACUACAUCUGCCCCCACUACACCUGCGAGUGCCUCAUCUACCUCUCCAUGGCCGUCGCCACGGCUCCCCGCGGCGCGUGGUGUAACAGGACGUUGUUGUGCGCCUUAAUUUUCGUCGCGGUCAACCUCGGAGUCACGGCGUCGGGAACUCGCAAAUGGUACGCCGAAAAAUUCGGCACCGGGCCGAUCGCGUGCAAGUGGAACAUGAUUCCCUUCGUCUUCUGA